CUGAGCCUCCGAGCUCUCGGCACAUUGUUCAAAUAGCUUCUCACGCAGACGGUUUGCUAUAAAACAGCAUAGGUCAUUGCGAAAUACUGAUAAACACAGUGCAUAACGCGAAAGAGGCAACACAUUUUAGUUUUUUUUUUAUCCGCCAUGGCUGAGGAGUCGAGGACAGUCGCGGAGUCCUACACGGAAGCAGGAGUCGAUCAGCUGCAGUUUUUGCGCGACAAAUUGCAAAAGUUUCAGAGCAAAAUCAUGGGCGAUUUCGAGCAGCGCCUAUCCUGCAUGAUAGAGGACGUCAUGCAGGACGUGCGGCAACAGGAGUUGCGCGCGCAGGAGUUCCGCCAGUUCGACACCUCGCGGGGCAGGGCCAACCACGCAAGCGCCACCUGGCACAAUCGCCAACAGCAGGCGUUUGCGACAGCAGCGGAAAAUGACGUCAGGGACUGCCCAAAUGGUCUGGCGCAUGCCCAAAAUGAGACAACAGCAAAACAUGAACAGCAGCAGCCGCAGCAGCGAAAAGAUCGAACGCGACGUCAAUUGCCCGACAAGGUGUUCGUGGCGCGCGAAUCGUACCUGACGGCGCUGCUGCAGGUGGAGCACAUGCGCACCAUCUACCACAUAUUCUCAAUCAUUCUGGUCAUGUUUCUGAUGAACGUCAUCUUCUAUGACUACUUUGUCGAGGGCCGCAUCAAUUUGGGUCUCGGCACGUUCCGCACGGGGCUGAAGCGUCUGCACUGGGUCCUGGGCGCCUGGCUGCUGGAGCAUGUCUUCGUGCUGGCGCUCUACUAUGCAUUCCAGGGCUGGGCACUGGUGCGUCUCAAGCUGCAGACACACAAAUCGCUGCAACGCUUCUGGUCACACAGCUGCUUGAUCCUGUACAUGAGCGCCCAGUUCGCCUUUGGGUAUGUCUCCACCUCGCUGUGCCUGAAGUUCCAGCUGCCCUUCAUCAGUGCCUGUGUGCUGCUCCUGGAGAGCACUCGGCUACUGAUGAAAAUGCACGCAUAUGUUAGAUACAAUGCGGCCCGGGUGGUGCAGGGCAAACAGAAGACGGACGACGGCGGCGAGCUGAAGGAUGGUCGUCCCUAUUUGCCGCCCCUGCGCUGCUACGUAUAUUUUCUGUUUGCGCCCACCCUAAUCUACAGGGACACCUAUCCACGCACGAAGCAGAUACGCUGGAAGUUCGCGCUGGCCCGCCUUAUGGAGGUCGUGGCCAUUGCCUUCUUCUAUGCCUCCAUACACGAGCGCCACAUUCGCGAGUACUUCGGCCAGUUUGGCAAGGAGCCGCUGGGGCCAUCUCAGGUGAUUGUCAAGGUCUUUGGCAUGAUGCUGCCGAGCGCUGUAAUCCUUUUGUGCGGCUUCUAUAUGAUUCUCCACUCGUGGCUGAACUUUACGGCGGAGCUGUUGCGCUUCGGGGAUCGCAUGUUCUAUAAGGACUGGUGGACGUCGCACACCUACGAUGGAUACUAUCGCAACUGGAACGUGGUGGUGCACGACUGGCUGUACGAGUACGUCUAUAGGGAUCUGUAUACCUACGUUUUCAAGGGCUCCAAAGUGGUCGCCUCUCUGCUGGUGUUCAUGAUAUCGGCGCUGGUGCAUGAGCAGGUGCUGGGAUUCGGGCUGCAAUUGUUCUUCCCCGUCAUGUUUAUGUUCUUCGGUGUGUUGGGCGUGGCGUUGGUGUUCCUGAUGCGCAGCGCACCCAAGACACUGGGCAACAUUUGCGUCUGGUUUACUCUCAUUAUCGGCAAUGGCAUCAUGAUCUCGCUCUAUUCCAUGGAGUAUUAUGCGAAACGUAAUUGUGACCUGCGCUAUGAGCGCUGGACGGACUACAUAACACCUGCGAUCUGGCGUUGCUAUCAUUAGCAAUAGAACUUUUUUUUUAAAUCGAAUGUUAGUCUUACUACUUGUAAUUUGUACACAUGGCGUACAUUUCGUAUAUUAGGUAAAUAAACUUAGGGAAAAAUUCGU